AGUCCGGUUCCGCGGAAAGGCCUAACCCGGCAGGGCUUGCUUGGGUCGAAUGUGUAGGCUCGGCUUUGUGGUUGAGUCCGGGUCUCCGCCACUGGGCCCGGGAAGAUGGUGCUGGGUGGUUGCCCGGUGAGUUACUUACUUCUGUGCGGCCAAGCGGCUUUGCUGCUGGGGAAUCUACUUCUGCUGCACUGUGUCUCUCGGAGCCACUCGCACAACGCUACGGCCGAACCCGAGCUCACAUCCGCUGGCGCCGCCCACCCAGAGGGCUCUGCCGGCGCUCCGAGCUGGGAAUAUGGCGACCCCCAGUCUCCAGUCAUCCUUUGCUCUUACCUACCUGAUGAAUUUAUAGAAUGUGACGACCCAGUGGACCAUGUUGGAAAUGCAACUGCAUCCCAGGAACUCGGUUAUGGUUGUCUCAAGUUCGGUGGACAGGCCUACAGUGAUGUGGAACACACUUCUGUCCAGUGCCGGGCCCUCGAUGGGAUUGAGUGUGCCAGUCCUAGGACCUUCCUGCGGGAGAAUAAACCUUGUAUAAAGUACACGGGACACUACUUCAUAACCACUUUACUCUACUCGUUCUUCCUGGGAUGUUUCGGAGUGGACCGGUUCUGUCUGGGACACACUGGCACCGCAGUGGGGAAGCUAUUGACACUUGGAGGACUUGGGAUUUGGUGGUUUGUUGACCUUAUUUUGCUCAUUACCGGAGGGCUGAUGCCAAGUGAUGGCAGCAAUUGGUGCACUGUCUACUGAGAAGGGCUGUGGUCAUGGCCCAGAGAGGCGCGUCUUCUGAAUUCAUCUCUACAGGCGCAAAACUCUUCCUCGAUAACAGACCUAACCGUUACUUUCCUUCUUCAGAGGGAAUGGGUUUGGUUAGAAAGGUUUCUUUGGACUCUGGGUUUUCAACCCAAAUUUUAUCUUGCAGACUAGAAAUGACAAGCAAACACUGUUUGGGAAUCAAGUGUGUACCUUUCCUCACAUAUAACAUAUAAAGGAUAGUGACUAACUUAUAAGUUGCAGGGGUUUCCAUACUGUAUUUCUAUACAUUGCUGUAUCUUCAGUACAUUGGAGCAAGUGGACCCGACAAGAUGAGCAAAGUGAAUAUUUUUAGGUGCCUUUUGUGACCCUGAAUCUUCAUGCAGAGGAGAGGUGAAGCUGAACCAGUGAAGAUCUUCAGCAGAAAUAAAAUGGCCAUGGAUUUUAAUACUCACUGAAAUUCUGACUUUCUGAAUUUAAGUUGUGGAAUAAAUUUUGCCAACCUGGAA